AUACUUAUCGAUAGCGGUAAAAAAAAGUUUGUAGAAAAUUUUCUUCACUUCUAAAUGCUAAUUGAAUAGAGUGUUAUUGAGUGAUAAUUGUGCAAUGGAAACUAGUUUGGAUGAAAGCAUGGACGCCGAUAGAGCAAGUCCAAGUCCGCAAGACAUUCAAUCGCAAACUUCACCAGCAAUCAACGGCAAACCCGCUGGUGUCGGUGUUGGUAGUCAAGACGGCCUAAAAGGGGUGGCAAUUACUAAUGAAAAAACAAACGCCAGCGACUUGCAAAGGAACAAGCCGUUCAAUGCGUUUAGCGGUCGCCCCAUGGGCGAGCACACCCAGAUGCAGCAGCAGCAACAGCACCAGCAGGCUGCUCAGCAUAUGGCUAAUAAUCAACCAGCUCAGGCGGUCAAUGGAGUUGCACAGGCGCCAGAAAUUUGGGUCGAAACGAAAGCCGAGGACGGACGUUCGUAUUAUUAUCAUGCAGUGACCCGUGAGACAACCUGGACGCGACCGGAUGGUCCAAAUAUAAAAAUUAUGACACAAACGGAGGUCGAGGAACUGGCCAAACGUCAAACGAAUACCGUUGAUAAGCCUGAAACGAGCUUAACGGAUCAUGCUGAAGUGCCAGCAGGAGCAUCUGCUUUGCCUGGCCAUUCACAUUUGACCUCGCAACCACCGCCGCAUCUAUUGAACCAACCACCGCCCAAUGCUGCGGCACCGCUGCUUAGCCAGCCGCCUCCGAAUGUGCGACAGCAACCGCCACCGAUGUUCCAGCAGCCACCCGGCAUGCAGCCCCCGCCAGGCUUUGGCCAGCCGCCGCCGUUUUGCAUGCCACCACCCGCUUACGGCUUUCCCGGUGCUGCACCAGCAGGUCCCUGGGGCGUUGGAGUGCCACCAUGGCAACAGCAGCAGCAUAUGCAUGCACCGCCUGGAGCAGCACAAGACAAGCCCGCUAAGAAUCUGAUUAUCAAGCCGGGUGUGAUUGAUCCGGCGGUCAUAGCCCGCGCAGCCGAAUGGUCGGAGCAUCGUGCACCUGAUGGCCGACCCUACUAUUUUCAUGCAGCACGUGGCGAAAGCGUGUGGGAAAAACCACAAGCGCUUCGCGACAUGGAAGCGGCACGCAUGGCAGCCCACUCAGGCGCUGCACCACAGACAGCAGCAGUUGGCCCGCCGAGCGGCAUGCCGCCUCAUUUGCUUCCCAAUCCGCUAAUGCAUAUGCCGCCGGGUGCUGCACCUGGCUUUGAUCCGCAAAUGGCAUUCGCAGCCGCUGCGGCAGCCAUGAAGGCUAACAGUGAAAACAACAAGGCUGCACAGGCUGCAGUGCUGGAGAAGGAGGCUAAAAAGGCGGCCGAGGAAAAGCGCAAAAAGGAGGAAGAGCAAAAGAAGCUCGCGGCCGCAGUAGCGAGUGCCAAGCAAACCGACAAAUCGCGUCCAGUGACCAGCACGCCCAUUGCAGGCACACCAUGGUGUGUUGUAUGGACCGGUGAUGCGCGUGUCUUCUUUUAUAAUCCAUCAACUCGCACUUCAGUUUGGGAUAGGCCAGAAGAUUUAAUGAACCGCGAGGAUGUCGACAAGGCGGUUAAUGAACGGCCAGAGCAACUAAAAUCCGCAGAAGAAAAGUCUGCCGAGCCAGAUCAUAAAUUAGGCGAGAAUGCCAGUGUGCUGGAGAAGCUGGCACAAGCUCAGCAGCAACCACAACAGGUUCAGCGCGUGGAACCGGAUGAUGACGAAGAUGAUGAGAUCAUUAAAAUACGCACCGAAUCCGAAUCGAGCGUAGAGGAGGUACCCACAAAGCGGGUGCGCACGUUUACUAAACCCAAGAAAAAUGAGGAUGCAGUACUGGAGGCUGAACAGCGUGCGGCCAAGGAGCGUGCUUUGGUGCCACUGGAGACGCGCGUCACUCAGUUCAAGGAGAUGUUGCGCGAAAAGGAUGUUUCAGCAUUCAGCACCUGGGAAAAGGAGCUACACAAGAUUGUGUUCGAUCCACGCUAUUUGCUGCUCACAUCAAAGGAACGCAAACAGGUAUUUGAAAAGUAUGUGAAGGAUCGCGCAGAGGAGGAGCGCAAAGAGAAACGCAAUAAGAUGCGACAGAAGCGCGACGAUUUCCGAAAACUCAUGGAGGAAGCCAAGCUGCACGGCAAAUCUUCCUUUUCGGAGUUUAGUCAGCGCAAUGCCAAGGAGGAGCGAUAUCGAGCCAUAGAGAAGGUGCGCGAGCGCGAGAGUUUGUUCAAUGAAUUUAUCGUUGAGGUGCGUCGGCGGGAGAAAGAGGAUAAACAGCUAAGAAAAGAGCAGAUAAGAGCUAACAGAUUACAGCACAAAAGCACCCACCAAAUGCAAACACCAAAUUCACAUACAGCCGUUGAUCCUGUCGUCAUCGUUGUCGUCGUCAUCUCGUUGUCUUCAUGGUCCCAGUUCCAGGCCAAAGUUGAUAGCUCAAGUUCACCACGCACACGCUUGCAAAAUCUGUCUGUGUGGUAUGCAAAAAUUGAAAAUUACCUGAUAAUCGUUGGUGUGAUUUCCACUUCCCGCCCCGCCCUGCGUCGCACAUGUCGCCUAGGAAUGAUGUUGUGCCAAUGAUGAUGAUGAUCGAUGAUCAAUGAUGGUGAUGAUGUUAUUUGGCGUUAUUUUUUCGUAAAAGAUGUGAUGUUGAUGUUGAAGGAUCAAUGUUUGGGUUAUUGGAAGCGGAAGCAGCCACUCAUCACUGAACAGCAACAACAACCAUUACAGAACGGGCAACAGCAACAACAACAAAACGUGUACAGGUGGCUUCGAGGCUGAGCAAACAGUAUGAAUUAUACAUAAUUUAAUUAAACCAAUAAUUUUUUUUGUUUUACCAAAACUUGUAAAUGGCAGCGCCCACAACAGGAGAAUUAAUUAACCCAAUCCAAGCCUGUGCAGAGCAAAGUGAGAACUGCCUUAAGAGAAUAACAAUUCCUCUCUCCACUCACAUUGCUCUCACAAGCUUCAGACAACGGCGCAGCACGUUGAUAGACUCUCUGUCUCUCACUCAGACACUAUUUUAUUUAUUAUAUCUUAUGUAUUUGGUAUGUUUACUUUAGUUUUAUGAACUGUGCACUUCGGCCCAGCUGAAGUCCCUGACCCGGCCCGCAAAAAUCAUAGAGAAAAUGCAUCAUACAUUACCGAUUCCCUAUUACCGAUUCACCUAUCUAAGACACACAAAUAUCUUAGACAAUUUCUUAAUUAAUUUAUUAUAAAUUUCGAAUGUAUAAGCUAGGAUGGCAUCGUAUAUUUUGGAACUCGGAAUGUUUAAGUUGUGUAUUGCAACAUUUUUCCUAGAAAACAUUUUAUUGUCACUUCUGUAAGUUUUUAAAAAAUUAUAUUUUGAUAACAAGUGUCUAAAUAUUAAAACGUAUUAUUAUUUAGAUAAAAUAUUAGCCAAGCUUGGGAUUGAAACCCAGAUGCCGAUUGUCAAGUUCCCUUAGUGCAUCGCUCACUUAGACAGCUUUCUUACCGCGAUUAUAUGGUUUAGUUGAGCAGUUUAAUUGCUUUUGACUAGCUUUUUUAGUUUAAUUGAUUCUCAUCCGAUAUAGUCUGUUUCAAACCCUGUCUUACACUGCAUUUCUCUAACGGUAUCACGGCCAAAACUAAUCACAAAUUUUUCUUUCAGUUAUGUCUCUUUCAAAGCUAAUCUAAACAUUUUUUUUCAGGAAAACAAAGCGUGUAACUAUGUUUAUAAGUUUAAAAUGAUUAUAUAUUAAGGCAAGAUAAGUUAGUGCCCUACGUUAUAGCUCCUUAAGUGAAAUAUGCAUCAGUGUCAGAGGCGUAACUAAUUCAUUUUUUCAAUACAUUUCUCUUCUCUUCCGCAUGGCUGUCAUGUUGAAUUACUUUUUGAAUCUUUAGAUACGCAAGGACUUCAUG